GGCUGCCCAACGCGUCUUGAACGCGUCCACCACAGUCUGCCAUCGCCGUCCACGACAAACACGCGGGCAAGAGUGCUUGGCAGCCACAGGCAUGAGCUCACGAGUCGAGAUCCUCAACGACGGAGGCUACCGUUCAGACGGCCGUCGCCAGUAUGAGCUUCGCGACAUCGACAUCGACCUCUCUCAGCAAGGCUCCGCAGAUGGCUGCUGCACCAUGAACCACGGACUCACCCAGGUUCUUGUCACCGUUUUCGGCCCGAGAGAGGCCAAGAUGCGCUCUCAGACGCUGCACGACCGCGCCGUCAUCAACGUCGAGAUGAACGUGCUUCCCUUCAGUACUGGCGAGCGACGUAGACGAGCACGAGCAGACAGGCGUAUCCUUGAGCUCGCCGCCACGAUCAAGUCCACCUUUGAGCCCGUCGUCCAGACCACGCUCCACCCGCGCUCUCAAAUCGACAUCUUUGUCCAGGUUCUGCAGCAGGACGGUGGGCUCCUACACGCAUGUAUCAACGCGACCACCCUCGCCCUCAUCAGUGCCGGCAUCCCGAUGACCGACUUCGUCUGCGCGGUCAGCGGCGGUGUGCACUCCACCUCGCCGCUGCUCGACCUCACCAUGCUCGAAGAGAACGAUCUGCCGCACAUGACCGUGGCCGUCAUGCCGCGGACGGGCAAGGUCACCCUCGUCGCGCUCGAGACGCGCCUGCACGUCGAUCGGUUCGCGGAUAUAUUCAGGCUGGCGGGCGAGGCGGGGCAGGCACUGCACAAGGAGAUGAAGCGAGCUGUGAAGAACCGCACGAGUCGGUUGGUCGGCGCGAUGGAGACGGGCAUGAAGCUGCCAGUAGGCGGUGGGGAAGCCCUCGAACGAGAUGUUGUAAUGGAGGACAGAAUGGAUUUUUGA